AGCGCCGGGUGGGCAGUUACUGGCAGGGCGGAAUCUGAGGCCCUGGCAGGCAGGAACCUCGCCCGGGCUCCGCCGUGCCCAGGCCCUUCCUCCUGGGGAGCAACCUGGCCAUGGUCCCAGGCUGGCCGGGGUUGGGGUCCCGAGUGUGCCGUCUAAUGGUGCCCCCGAGGGCCACUCACGCCUCUGCUCCCCAGUCUCCCCCUCGGUCAAAUAAGCUUGUCGGGUUGUUCUGGGGUUGAACCAGGCGGUCGGUGUCGCCGUGGUACGAGCCCACCCAGCACUCAGCCUGCCCCUAUAAAUAUGACGGCCCAGAAAACCCGGCGGGGCACCUGUUGUGGGCGCCGCACGGGGUUGAUGCGAGUGGAAUGCACCCUCCUGGCCAACACACAGCCACAGCAGCUGGCGGACUUCGUGGUGAUUAGGCAAAGCCAUUCCAAGAGAGAGGCUGCCUCUGGAGAACAGGGCGCCAGGAGACCUCAGGCAGCAGUGGUUUGGGCCAUGGCCUCCGACCUGGACUUCUCACCUCCCGAGGUGCCAGAGCCCACGUUCCUGGAGAACCUGCUGCGGUACGGACUCUUCCUGGGCGCCAUCUUCCAGCUCAUCUGCGUGCUGGCCAUCAUCGUGCCCAUUCCCAAGGCCUGCGAGACGCAUUUGGCCGAUUGCUUCCUUGUGGUGUCCUUUCCCUGCUCCUCUGCUCCGAGAUUUCCUCUUCACUGGGAGUGCGAUCCAGAGGCUUGAUUCAGUUCAGAGCAGGUUAUUGGACAAGAAAAACCUGUGGCUGGUGCUGUGUGUUUCCUAUUGCACAUCACCUCCAGUAACCACUCGGCUUGUAGCAAAACAUGUGACAUGUCUACCAGGGAUGGUCGUUAGAGAUUCAGG